AUGUUGCUCCGGGUAAUCUGGCAGCUGGCUUGCUCGGUGAGGGUGUGGCUUUGUGCAUCCGUGCUAGGCGAGGUGGGCAGGUUUCGAGCUUCUAGACGAUUUUGGCCACGGCCGCCCGCUGCAGGACCUGAGACCGUUAAAGGCGGUACUUCGCACGUGGCGUGGCGAGAUGAAUCUCCGCUCCUGCUUGCUUGGCGCCCUAUAUGUCACAAACGUCUCGACACCAACGCCGGCGAAAGUCAAAGGAAAUUUGACGACAGCCGACGGAGGCUUCGGCUGGCAGUGGCGGCAGUUCACACGCGACACGGCCUCUGCGGUGGCCAAUCUCGCGCAGUUGUCGUCGAAACCGGCCCUUCUGUGGAUGUCGGCUCCGCGUGCUUAGGAGCGCUUCGUUGUGCCUGA